CUGGUCCCCCCUUCCCAAAACACUCUCCAAUCUCUCUCUUCACCAAAAACUCUUUCUUCGGUCGAGGAUUUUUAAAAUCUAUCCUCCACUCGCCGCAACUUCAAUCUAUGGUUUUGGCUCUAUUCUUUGCCGGUCAGCUAUAGUUUUCCGGCAACAACAAAGAUUCUGGGGACAGGAAUGGAUACCCAAGAAACAUCCCCGUCUGUUCUGCUCUUCUUUAACAACGAAAGAUUCAUAUUUAAUGCUGGAGAGGGAUUACAACGCUUCUGCGCUGAGCAUAAGAUUAAAUUAUCUCAGGUAGACCACAUAUGUCUCACUCGUGUCUGCUCAGAGACAGCAGGAGGACUUCCAGGUUUGCUAUUGACUUUGGCUGGCAUAAAAAAUGGAAGUCCUGAGAGUACUGAGCAUGUUGACAUAUGGGGUCCUCCAAAUCUUGAUUUAUUGGUUAACGCAAUGAAGAAUUUUGUCCCUCAUGCUACCAUGGUCAAAACACAUAUCAUCCCACAAAGUGACAAUGUUAUGGUUCAUGGAAAUGGAGCUGCACUAGCUUCCUCUCUACAUGCGGAGGAGCUGCAAGCUGAAGGCAAGUUCAAGGCAGUUAGUAUAUCAGCUAUUCUCCUAACACCGACUGAUCAUUUGGAUGGAUCUCAUUUUAGUUCAAAUGAUACCUCCAUUGUAUAUAUUUGUAACCUACAUGACAUCAGAGGGGAGUUUGACCCCAGAAAGGCUAAAGCUUGCGGACUCAAAAAGGGGAGAAAGCUUGGACAACUGCAAAAUGGGAUCAGUGUGAAGUCAGAUCUUCUGGAUAUCGAGGUCCAUCCAGAUGAUGUAAUAGGCCCACCUAUUCCUGGUCCCAUUGUACUGAUUGUUGACUGUCCAACAGAACCUCAUGCACAAGAGUUACUGUCUGCACAAGCUCUUAACGCCUAUUAUUCAGAUUCCCAAAGUAACUCCCCAGAGACCACCAAGGUUGUGAACUGCAUCAUUCAUUUGAGCCCUGCUACUGUUGUCAGCAGUCCAGUUUAUGAGAGAUGGAUGAGGAAAUUUGAUUCUGCCCAACAUAUUAUGGCAAGAACUACAAGGGAGCAUGAAACAACUCCAAUUCUAGAAUCUAGUGCGAGAAUAGCCACAAGACUGCAUUAUUUGUGUCCGCAGCUUUUUCCUGCUCCUAGUCUUCUUUCUGUUCAGAAUGAUGGUGUUGCAGCACCAAAUUUCAAGGGUUCGAUCUCGAAGGUUUGUGGGAUAUCUGCUGAAAAUCUCUUAAAGUUCACCUUACGUCCUCCUAGACGUCUGGGAUUGGACAGAUCUAGUGUUCAAAAUCAGAUGACCUCCUCAGUGUUCAUUAAAGAGUUACUUUCAGAGAUCCCUGAGAUUGCUGAUGCUGCAAAGAACAUGAGCACAUUUUGGCACAAACCUAAAGAAGAUGAGGCGGAACUGUUCACCAGGCAGGACAGUGAAGUCAUGACUGGAGAUCCAUCUUUGGCUGGACAUGCUGCCCCUAGGUGUAUGAAAAAUGUCCAGAGAGAUGAUCUGGAGAUUGUUUUUCUGGGCACCGGUUCUUCUAUACCUUCAAAAUAUCGAAAUGUCAGUUCCAUCUAUUUUAAUCUGUUCUCUAAAGGGGGCUUACUCCUUGAUUGUGGAGAAGGAACCCUGGCACAACUCAAGAGGAGAUAUGGCAUCAAUGGUGCAGACAGUGCAGUUAGAAAUCUUAAAUGCAUUUGGAUUUCUCACAUCCAUGCUGAUCACCACGCAGGUUUGGCACGAAUACUUGCUUUGAGACGCGAUUUGUUGAAGGGAGUACCCCAUGAACCCAUGCUGGUUAUUGGGCCAGAGCAGGUUGGGGAGUUUCUCAAGGAUUAUAAAAAACUAGAAGACCUAGACAUGUUGUUCCUCGACUGUAGGAGCACUACAGUGGCUAAGUGGGAUGAUAUGGAAGCUGACUCUAUGAAUGAUGAAAGUAGAGAUCAUACUGUGUUGACUUCUCUUUCCGAAGAUAGUUCUCUGUUGCGCUGUUCGAAAAGAAUGAAGCCAAGCACUCCAGUUGAUGACAUAAAAUUGCUGAAGCGUUUCAAGAAAGUUCUAAGUGAAGCAGGGCUAGUGAGAUUCAUCAGCUUCCCUGUUGUACACUGUCCUGAGGCAUUUGGUAUCAUCUUAGAAUCAGCGGAAAGAAUGAAUUGCGGAACAGUAGUACCAGGUUGGAAGGUUGUGUACUCUGGUGACACAAGGCCAUGCUCAGAAGUUAUAGAAGCAUCUCUUGGAGCAACAAUUCUUAUACAUGAGGCGACCUUCGAGGAUGGCCUGUUGGAGGAGGCUAUAACAAGAAAUCACAGCACAAUUAAGGAAGCUAUAGAAGUGGGACGUUCUGCUGGUGCAUACCGCAUAAUAUUGACUCACUUCAGCCAAAGAUACCCAAAAGUACCUGCACUUGAUGAAGUGAGCAUACAAAGAACUUGUAUUGCUUUUGACCUAAUGAGUGUAAACCUAGCAGAUUUGCCGGUGCUCCCUAAGCUUCUUCCCUACCUAAAAUUGCUUUUCAGAACCAGGGAGUUAAUUUGAAGUAACAUAUUGAGACACA